UAAAAAAAAAUUUAGAUGAGCCUGUUUUCAACUGGAGAAAAAGAAGAGAAUCCACUGAUGAACAUCGUUUAAGCAGGAGUAGCUUGGUUGGGGACGGAUGGUUGAACAAUAAGCUUCACCCUAUCCUUCGUGAUUUUUCCACUUCACUCGGAGUUGUCCCUCUAAUCUCUUCCACUCCAUUCUUAACCAGCCCUAGAUAAAUGAUUCCUAUACUGAUUAGAUAGAGGGGAAUCGGUGAUUUUGAUUUUGGGUUUAGCUGGGAAUCUGUGUUGGGUGAGUGAGUUCCAUGGCAAGUAAUGGACUUGCAGCAGCAGCAGCUUUGGGUCGAGUGAAGCUGAGUGAUCUUGUACCAUCUGAAGGCCUUCCGUCCGAUUCUUACAAGCUCUCAGUUUCGACCUUGUCUCAGUCACUAGCUCAGUAUUCCGCUGCUAUUAUCCAACUGCCCGCAAGUGAUGCCGCCCUCUUGAGGUCUUGUCUUGAGUCUGCUCGUCUCUACUUCAACCAAAAACCUUCUUACCCUUCUGCUGAUAUGAUUCACCCUGAUGAUCUGCGUGAGUGGUGUAAGACCUCUGGUUAUCGUGCAGAUCCUCAGCUCUGGCAAGAAAUAUAUGAUUUCAGACCUGGGCUUACUCCUGCUGACCCGACUAACGAGAUGGAAUUCGCUCCUGCUGGCUUGUUGGAUAUAUUUGCACUACUUGGGAAAGCAGCAAGAGAUAUACUGGAUGCUAUUAGCUUCUUCUUGAACUUGCGUAGUUCUCCUUUUACUGAAAUACUUGAUAAUGUUCCCCUCAGAAACCGUGAAAUAUCAUCCUCGGUGCUCUCUGUUUGUUGUCAUGCAAGGCCUUCUUUUCAGGGAGCCCAGCAUCAUAAUUUGACAACCCAAGAGGAUGGUCAACUUGUGAUGUUUUCGGACCAAGAACAUCAGGUUGAUCGAAGCCUGAUUACUCUAGUCAAGUCAGAUAAGGCUGGUUUGCAUGUGAGGGAUUUCCAUGGUCGUUGGGUCCUAGUGGAUGGUGAUCUCGGUCCCCAGGAAGCUAUUGUGUAUCCUGGUCUUGCUCUGUACCAAGCAACUGCUGGAUAUAUAACCCCCGCAAUGCAUCGUCCUGAUAUUGGUAAUCUACAGGGUAACAUGUUUGGGCGAUGCUCUUUAGCUUUUAAGCUGAUGCCUAAAUCCAUGACCAACCUUAACUGUUCAGAGAUGCGAGCUGCUGGUCAUGGGGUUGAAGCCCAGUUCCAGCUUCCAGUACCAGUUGAUGACUUUAUGCAAAGAUCCACUGAUCAAGUCCUCAGUAGGAAUAAUUUCCCAAUGUUCACUUUCCCCACAGCUCAAGAUGGAUCUAUGAAGCCUAUUAUUAAGAAGAGGAAGAAUAGUUCAAGAUGUAAACCUCUUCCACCUUCAAAGAGGCUACGGCUUGAGGCCCAGAGAGUUCUCAAAGAAAGGGUUCAAGAUAUAGCUGAUAAAAAGGGCAUCAAGCUGCGGUUCUGCACCCUCAAGGAAUGUGAGAACCACAUCCACUCACUUGAUAGUCCAUGCGCAAAUAUAAGGAUGGAGAUUGGAUGGCCUCCUGGAGUUCCAUUUGUUCACCCUCACGAUCUCCCAAACAAGGCAAAGAUUGGAUUUCUUGAAACUUAUGAACCUGGUUGGUCUGCAACUCAUGAUAUGGAGUUAAGUCUAAUUGAACCUGGACAGCCAAGUCAGCAUAUGGCUAAUUGUAAUUGAAAGCAUGUUCCUUUUAAGAACGAGGGGACUGUUUUGUGUGCACUCUUUGGGCCAAUACGGGUCUGCUUUGAGGGCCUUGGUCCGCUAUAGGGGCAGCAUGUGCUGAUCAUUGAAUAGGAAUUUGAAUCUCUGUAAAUACAUCAAUUUUGUUUAAGAAAAGCAUUUUUUUUUUUUUUUUGGGGUUUGCCCUUUUUGUACCGUUAGUUACUUCUUUUGAUAGUUUAGAUCUGCUUUGAAGGUCGCAAGCAUCUGCUCCAAAGAAGAAAAAGUAUCUGGGAAGGACAAGGCUGUUAUCCUCUGCGAUGAAAUCUAUGAUGUCACAUGCACAUCAAUUACCCUAAGAAUGUUGGGUUAGAAGUGCCCUCCAUUAUAUGAGACAAGGGGAAAAAAGAAAUGCAUUAGAUUCAAAUCAUUUCUUUUGCGGUGCUCAUGUUCAAAUUCUACUACUAGCAUUUUGUACUGUAAUAGGGUGAUACUUUUCUCAAUUAGAUAUAGUUUUAACGUGCGAAUAUGGAAUAGUGAGAAAUUUCCAGCUUCACGUUUCAUGA